UGUUUUAAUGUUUUAAAAGUCACUUUAAGUUAUAACUUAAGUGAGGGUCUAUUUCUCAUCAGAUGGGGCUAGUUUUUAUAUUAAAUGGAAGAUGAUUUAUUUUUUGACACUUCAAUAGUCAAAAACAAAUAAUAAAAGUUAAAACAUCAUUAAAGGCCAAAUCGCACCUUUCUUGGGAAUCGUGCCAACCCUAAAUGGAGAAGAUUAAAGAAGAUUUUAGGUCUUCUUUUCAUUAUGCUAAGUUUUGAUAUUUUUGUUUGGAGCUCUGAGAGGAGUUUUGGCCAAGGGUUUCAACAGAAGAUUCUUCUGCAGUGAUUAGAGGUAUCAGUACAGGAAAACGUGGGACUCUUGUACAACAGCAUCAGAGGCUGUGAAAUAUCAGUUGAUCUUGCUCUUACAGUUGGUUUCAUUCAGGGACCAAGUUUGUGCUUAUUAGUCAGAGAGGCACCGUUGUUUAUCAAUAUUUUGUUGCUGCAGCAAACAAGGAAACAAAGAUACCCAAAGGAGAUAAUUUUUGAUGGCUGUACGGCUGCUUGGGGAGUAGCGCCAAUCACCUAAGGGGCUGCGAUUUGCAUGUUGGAAGGAUCCAAAAAAAUAAAAAAAUAAGGAGAAGGUGCGCCUAGCCUAGAGUCAUCCAUUGAGCUACCAUGCAAGCUAUUUGGGUUAGUCUGGAGUGAGUUAUAGCAUGCUGUCAUAAUGGAUUGUGAAUGACCAGCAAGGAAGAAAUAAGGGUUUCCAAAAAUUCUUGGUAUUUUUUUUCAGUUCCUAUCUUUUAUUGUCUGUUUAUGUAUUGAGGGUAAAUAAAGGUUGAAUACAUGUAAUAAGGGUUUGAUCAGUUUAUUACUGAAUUAGAAUUGAUUUCUAGUGUUUCCCUAUAGUUGCCUUUUGUGCUUAAGUUUGUCAAAAUUAUAUUUGCUGUUACAAAUUUGCAAAGAACACACUUGAAACGCAACAGGUUCAGUUAAACGUCAGUUGUCUCAAUUGAGGACCUUUUAAGGUUCUUACAUUGGCAUCAGAGCUAAAUCCUACCAUCCUAAGGGUUUAGCAGUUACAUGCAGUCGCAGGAAAAGGGUUCACACAGGUAUUACACACGCAGUAGAGUCCUCCUUGAAGGAGAACAAAGCAAUAACAAGCAGUCAGAUACUAUGGGUGACAGGCAUGCAGGUAGUCCACCCAGAGGCCACAGAACUGAGGAUGAGGAGACAAGAGAAUUUUUUAGGACUAUGGCUACGGGGCAGCAGCAGGUUGCUCAGGCUUUACAAGCACUCACCACCAUGAUGGAGCGUAUGAAUCCUCCAAAUCGAAACAAUCAAGAACCAGAGGACAAUAGGAGUGUAGCCAAUAUUCCUAGACCUCACAGGGUAGCUACAUGCACAGUUGACAAGCCUUCAAGGCCUAAUUUCUUGGCAGAAGAACCUGAGGAUGUUGCCAGGGCUGAGGUGGAGCUUGUCUUUGUUGAUAAUGUUAUGAUGGUACAUGAUGAGUGGAGUCUUCUUCCACCUGAUGUGAGGCAGAAUUUGAAUUUUGAUCAGUUCAUGAGGCAAAAAUGGGAGGUAGAGAGAAACAGGCAAGAGAGGAGGCCUCGUUUCCAACAUAGAGAUCUUGAGUUCGCCACAAGCAAGCUCACUCUACCUUAUUAUGAUGGCAGCGGUGCAGUUACAACUAGGUCUUGGAUCCAUAAACUGGAUACAUACUUCACACUGAGACCCAUGAUUGAAAGGGAUGCAAUUAAGUUUGCAACCUUACACUUGGACGGUACUGCACAUGAGUGGUGGCAUAACGGACUCAUCACUCUCCAACAUGAUGAGAUUACCACCUACCAGGAGUUCGCUGAUUUGUUAGUAGAGAGGUUUGAUAAGAAAGAUCCUGAGUCAUACUUCCGGGAGUUAGCACAACUGAAACAAACAGGGAACUUGGAGGUGUAUGUUUCAGAGUUUUUGAAGUUGUCAUGCAUGGUAAAUAACAUGUCAAAUCAACGGUUAGUAGUUUUGUUUAUAGAGGGACUCAUGGAGCCUUUGAGAGGCUGGGUAAAGGCAUUUGAUCCCCCAACACUUCUACUUGCCAUUAAAAAGGCACGGAGUAUGGAUGUGAUAACCACUCAGAAUAAAUUUGGGUCAAAAGGAUCAACAUCUUUCAAAGCUAAUAGGAAUUUCAGCAAAGGGAAAGAAAAAUCAAACUUUAAAAAUGAUUACAAACCAAAGCCAGCAGCCCCUCCCUUAGAUCGGGAGACACUUAACGAUUUAAGGCAGAAGAAACUCUGUUUUUAUUGCAAAGGUCCAUAUGAUGCCAACCAUGAUUGUCCUUUGAGGCCUAAGGGCAGGGCAAAUAGAGUAAUGUGGGCAUAUUAUGAAGAUUCUGAAUCUGAUCAUGAAGGUCAGCCUGCUGGUUAUGAGGAUUUAGAGGCUGAAGAUGACACACAGGGUCCUCUGAGACUUGACAAAAUGGAUGCAGAAGUUGAUGAACACCUUAAGGAGGCACUUCUCACGAGUAUUCAGCAGGAAGGGUCAUUUAGAAUGAGAGGAGUACUUGCUGGUCAGAAAGUUAUUACACUGCUGGAUACCGGAGCCACACAUAACUUUAUUGAUGCCAGGUUGGUGGAGAAGAGAGGAAUCCAAACAGAGGAGUUUGAGGGCAUUCGUGUGAGGGUAGCAAAUGGUUAUACUUUAAAGUGUAAUAGGAUGAUCACACAACUCCCAUUACGUGUAAACAAUUAUGAAUUCAAGACUGAUUUCUAUGUGGUUCAGAUGGGAAACACAGAUUUGGUCCUUGGUAUGAAGUGGUUGCAUGAACUAGGCAAGUUUACACUUGACUUGCAGGAGAUGGAGAUGUCUUUCACCAUUGAUGAGAAAACACAUGUGCUGAAAGCGAUUAAGGACAGCAAUUUCAGAAUGAUUACACUCAGGCGGAUGGAGAGGCUUGUACACCAUGAUCAGACUGAGUGGGCAGCAAAAUGUAUGAUCAUGCCCAUACAACAGGAUGCUCAAAAAGUUGAAUAUCAUCCUAACAUUCAGAUACUGAGAACCAAACAUAGCAAGGUUUUCAGUGACAUACCAUCAGGGAGGCCACCAGAUAGGGGUUUUGAGCACAUCAUUGAGCUAGAGGAGGGAGCGAAGCCAGUGAUGAUUACUCCAUAUAGACAUCCGAAGCGCUUGAAAGAUGAAAUAGAGAAAACCAUAUAGGAGCUUCUGGCCAUGGGACAUAUUCGGCCUAGUAAGUCCCCCUUUGCUUCUUCAGUUGUUUUGGUGAAGAAGGAUGGCACAUUGCGGAUGUGUAUUGAUUACAGGGUCCUUAAUAAGCGGACGAUCAAAAACAGAUAUCCCAUUCCACGUAUUGAUGAGCUCAUAGAUGAAUUACAUGGGGCCUGUUAUUUUUCAAAGAUUGAUUUGAGAUUAGGCUAUCACCAGAUCAGUGUUUGUGAGCAGGAUAUUGAGAAGACUUCUUUUCGUUGUCAUUAUGGACAUUUUGAGUUUGUGGUUAUGCCUUUUGGACUAACCAAUGCUCCUGCUACUUUACAGUCCACAAUGAACAAAGUCUUCAGACAUCAGUUGAGGAAAUCUGUAUUGGUGUUCUUUGAUGAUAUACUGGUUUACAAUCGUACUUGGGAGGAGCACCUCAGUCACCUAGAUACAGUUUUGAGCAUUCUGAGCAGGGAGUCCUUGUAUGCCAAGGAAUCCAAAUGUGACCUUGGAAUGACUGAGUUAUUGUACUUGGGCCAUAUUAUCAGUGCAGAGGGAGUGCGGAUGGAUCUCGAGAAGAUUUGUGCUAUUGUAGAUUGGCCUACUCCAGUGAACCUCACUCAGUUGCGUGGGUUCUUGGGCCUAUGUGGUUUCUACCGCCGUUUUGUUAACGGUUAUUCGUGCCAUGCGGCACCUUUGACAGACUUGAUGAAAAAGGGUGCCUUCUUAUGGACUCCUCAGGCCCAGGAGUGUUUUGAGAGGUUCAAGGAGCUCAUGACUUCAUGUCCAGUACUUGCUACACCUGACUUCUCGAAGUCAUUUGAGUUACAAUGUGAUGCCUCUGGUGAGGGCAUUGGGGCGGUGCUUAUGCAGGACAAACACCCUAUUGCCAUGAGAGUAGGAAACUCCGUGGACCUGAGAGAAUUUACAGCAUUUAUGAUAAGGAAAUGUUGGCCAUAAUGCAUGCACUAGCCAAGUUUAGACAGUACUUAGUGGGCAGCAAGUUUUGCAUUAAGAUUGACCACAAUAGUUUGAGACAUUUCCUUGGGCAGCGUGACUUAAAUGACAGGCAACAAAAGUGGGUCAGCAAACUUCAGGCUUAGAACUUUGAUAUUUCCUAUAUCAAAGGCACACAGAAUGUAGUUGCAGAUGCCUUGUCACGUCGUCCCCACCUGAAUUCUAUGGUCCAGAUAGCAGAGGAUUGGCGGCAUAUUAUAGUGGCAUAGUACGCCAAAGAUAGCUGGGCUGCAGGUGUGAUAGAGGGGUCAGUAGUGGACAGCAGGUAUAAAGUUGUAAAUGAAUUGAUCAUUUAUAAGGGGAGAGUGUACUUGAUCCCAGGAUCGGAGUUGAGGAGAAGGGUACUGCGGUUCUGUCAUGAUGAACCGAUAGCAGGACAUCUCGGGUUUUUCAAAACCUAUAGACAGGUGCGUGAGCGCUUCACAUGGAAAGGGCUCAAGGCGGAUGUUCUACAGUAUGUUAGAGAGUGCCUUGUUUGUCAGCAGAAUAAACAGGAGCAUACAUACCCUAUUGGUUUACUUCAGCCACUUCCAAUUCCUGACAGGAAGUGGGAAUGUUUGUCUAUGGAUUUCAUCACAGGGUUACCGAGAGCGCAGGGACGUGAUUGCAUAUUUGUGGUUGUGGAUCGUUUGACGAAGUAUGCUCACUUCUAUCCGAUCACCACCACUUAUUCAGCUAUUCAGGUAGCAUUGUUAUUCUUUAGAGAGGUAUUCAAAUUACAUGGGUUGCCUCGGACUAUUGUCAGUGAUAGGGACACGCGGUUUUUGAGCCACUUUUGGUAGGA